GGUGCGGAUGCACCCCUUCUCGAUAGUCGGGAACGGGCCAUGUCGUGCCGGACCGAAUCAGCGAGAUCGCUGCUAACGGAGUUCGCGACACGGCUCCCGGACAAGGUCCGGGCCGAUUUCGACCUGGAGAAACCCUUUCACAUCGACCUCUCUCGUGUCAAAGGACUCACCCCAGGUGUAAAAGAAUACUAUGAGAAGCAGUUUGCUACUUUGGAGUCCUUUGAGGAGGUAGACUCCUUAUGCAUGGCCGGCGAAGUCGACGAGAAUCAAGAACAUAUCGAAAGCGAAGAGCAGAAGCAAAGUGAACUCGCGAUGAAGAUAUCGAACUACGCGAAUAUUAUCCUCUUGGCAUUCAAGGUUUAUGCAACUGUAAGCACCGGAUCAAUGGCGAUUGCCGCGUCGACAUUUGAUUCAUUGUUGGAUCUCAUGGCUGGUGGAAUCCUUUGGUUUUCGCAUCUAUCGAUGAAGAGCGUAAACAUAUAUAAAUACCCUAUCGGGAAAUUGCGAGUCCAGCCGGUAGGGAUCAUCGUCUUCGCGGCGAUCAUGGCCACCUUGGGUUUUCAGGUUUUAAUUCAAGCAGUUGAACAAUUGAUAGCCGACGAGCCCCCAAAGAGAAUGUCUUUAGUGCAGUUGAUAUGGUUGUACUCAAUCAUGCUUUCGGCAACUGCAGUAAAACUUGUUCUCUGGCUUUACUGCAGAAGCUCGCGGAAUGAUCUCGUCCGAGCCUAUGCUAAGGAUCAUUAUUUUGAUGUUGUAACCAAUGUUGUCGGAUUGGUGGCCGCUGUUCUUGGUGAUAAACUUUUCUGGUGGAUUGACCCUGCUGGGGCUAUCAUUCUUGCAGUAUAUACAAUUGCAAUUUGGUCCAGAACUGUCCUGGAAAAUGCAGUUUCACUUGUUGGCGAAUCCGCGCCGCCUGAAAUGUUGCAAAAGCUGACAUACCUUAUUAUUAGACAUGAUUCUCGAGUCAAACAUAUCGACACAGUUCGAGCUUACACUUUCGGAGUUCUUUACUUUGUGGAGGUUGACAUUCAACUGUCAGAAGAAAUGCCCCUGAAAGAGGCACAUGCAAUAGGGGAAUCACUGCAGGUAAAGAUCGAGAAGCUUCCGGAAGUCGAGCGCGCCUUCGUUCAUGUGGAUUUCGAAUGCACUCAUAAGCCUGAGCACGCGAUUCGCAACAAACUGCGCAGCAGCGAGUCUUAAGUUCCGUGGAACGAGAUCUUAUCGAAUACGUCUGAGUAUACCAUCGUAUUGCGUGUGCAGUGUUUGAGAUUCGGGUUGAUAACUUGAUACUAUCUGAUUGUAAAACAUCAUCUACUUCUUGUUUUCAUAACAUACAAAAAAUAAAAGUAUGAAGACUCCCUUUACUUUCUUUCGAA